AUGAACUCAUUUAGGGAACUGAAAAGUUCCAAACCAAACAGUACCAUCAAAGGAAAACAAGUAGAACUGCCAAUAAGAAUAGGCUACCAAGUGAAAGGAAAAGAUGGAAAGAUAAUAGAUUACACUGGAUCAAGUUCAUACUUUAGAGAAAAAUAGACGGUGUCAGCUAAUACUAGUCCGUGCCAUAAGCCCCAUGAAGAAAAUUCUUCAGAGCAGUAUAGAAGAAGAUCAGAGGGCUCAGAACCAGCUUCGGAUUCCAAUUCUCGACGAGCAUCUUUCAAUUCCUCUCCGGUACUACGUUGUCGCUAUGCCAGAUGUGGAAAAACGGUGAUAAUAUCGUCAGCUGAAGCUAACGGUUUUAAAAAUUGUCAUAAUUGCUCAUACACCUACUGCUCUAGGGCUUGCAGACGAGCUCAUUGGGAAAAGCAUAGAAAGACGUGUCUCUUCUCUCGAAUCGGCAGUCUCUGCCGACAAGUCAUAGCGGCGUGCAAGGAAAAGAAAGAUACCCUAUGUCACCUUUCUCAAAUGGCUAGAAGAGGUUACUUGUCACAUGGUAUAGGUGCUGUUAAGUGUUUCUUCCCCAAUCCGGAAUCAGCGGAACAAUUCCUAUCUAAAGGCUUACCCAAUCUAGGCGAGUUAACGUACGUCCGUUGGCAGGACUUACUUCCCUCGGAAAUGGGACCCCAGUUAUAUGCCGAAUUAGUGAAAAUGUGUAAGAACUACAAUCCCGAUAGUAAACUUGUGCUUUAUGUUUCAAUUUGUGUGAUUUCUGAAUCACCAGCGACAGGUUCUGUGAAAUGGGAACGACAGCUUGUAUCGAGAUGCGGAAAAAUGAGACUCAGCAAAGAUGUUCAAAUACCAGAAAGAGAACCCACAGAAAGUACCGAAACUUUAAUUCUCACUUCGGCUCCUAUCGAAGCUGAUCCAAUAACAGUUAAGGAGAUACGCGAAAAAGCUGUAGAUAACCUAAAAAAUCAUCUUAAAUCCAGAGGCGUGUCUUUAAAAAGGCACCAACCUGAAAUCCAUAAGCAGUUGUUAGAUUAUUGUUCUAAUGUUAGUACAAAGUUUACUCCAGUUACGAUGUAUCCUAAGGAUAACAUAUCUGGAAAAAAUUUAAUGUGUAUCCUUAUGUUAGAUGCCAACGAAGAAAGUGUCAAAGAAGUGGAAAACGCAGGGGUUAAAGUUAGGACUGUUAAUUUGUUAGACGAUAGUUGUAACGACUGAUUAAUUCUCG